GUCCCGCCGUGUCGCGCCAUUCCGGUCCGUUCCGCUGGCGAUUGCCAGAAAGCAAGAUGGCGCCCGUCUGUUUGCGGAUACCUCUGCCGUGGAUAUAAAUACGCGCGAGGAGGAAAAAGGGGAGAAGAAUAAAAAGAGCAGUGCCGAAAAACGAUCGCGGACGAUCGUGCGGUCGGAGCGACGGUCGUCGUGGUUGCGCGCAUCCCGUCCCGCGGUUGACGUCAACGUCGCCACGCGCCGCGGUAACGUCGGGUGAACGCGUCGGUGUCCGUUCCCGUGCUCCCCGUAACGUGUCGUCUCGUCUCGUGUCGUGUUCCCGUCCCCGUCCUGUCGCCGUCGUCGUCGUCGUCGUCGUCCUCUGCGAUCCUCUUGCCCGCCCGCGCAGCGAUACCAUCCCGCGCCUGCCUUGACCGUGCUCCGUCGCAGCUCCACUACUCCAGGAAGGCGCUCCUCGCGAACGGUGCCCACCUGAGGAAUGCCAAAUCGGCCGCGAUCCCCCUGGCAGGUCGGCGGAUCGGCAGCGCGGCGCGCCGCGAACGACGAGUGAACGAGAAGCCGUUGAAAAAGAAGAGAGAAAAGAGAAAGACGGGAGACGGGAGAAGGAAGAGAGAAGAGAAGAGAAAUAUAUAAGCGAGCGAAGAGGUGCGGGUGCUCUCGUGGGGAUUCCCCUCGCAAGAAGGUGAUCGCGCGCGCUCCUCUCCCGUGACGUAUGUGUGUCGCGGAGGUCGUUUGUCAGACGGGUCGGUCGCCGCGAGUGUUAUCGUCGUUCACGUCGCCGUCCACGUUCCCGUCGUUCCCGUCGUCGUUGUCGACGUCGCGUCGCGAGUGCCGUCGGCGACCUCGAUGCGCUGUCGCCCUCCCCUGGAGGACCAUCCCCUCUGGACGCCCGGUGGAAUCAGCUGUUACUGCUGCUGCUGCUACUGCUGCUGGGACUACUAGCCCGGCAGCUUCCUACGAGGAUACUCUUCCAUUGGAGCGGUGGGGCAAGGAGGCGCCGGAAGCAGCCGCGAGUCCGGAAGCAUAGCGAAGAAGAUGGCCUUCAACGAGCUCGGUCAGUCGAAGUGGACGGCUCGAGUCAUGCGGUGAAACGAGGAGUAGUGAGGUCGGCGCAUUUUCGAAAGACUAUCCUGCUCGUUCCGCGUGCUUACGGUGCGCGGUAGACAUUCGACAUGUUCGCCGCGAUGGUGCUGCACAAGCAUAACAAGCACAACAAUGGGAACCACUCGAAUCAUCACGCAAGCAACAACAACUCCACUACCAACUCCACCAGCAAUCACCUCAACAACAACAAUCACAUCAAUAACAACGUCAACAACGUGAACCAGGCGUACAGCACGAGGGCGAAGGUGGACCCCGAGCUGAUAUUUACAAAACAGGAACGAAUCGGAAAGGGUAGCUUCGGCGAGGUUUUUAAGGGUAUCGACAACAGGACUCAGCAGGUUGUUGCCAUCAAGAUUAUCGAUCUUGAAGAGGCGGAAGAUGAAAUCGAGGACAUACAGCAGGAGAUUAUGGUGCUGUCGCAGUGUGACAGCCCGUACGUCACCAAAUAUUAUGGAUCUUAUCUCAAAGGUACGAAGCUGUGGAUCAUCAUGGAGUAUCUGGGUGGCGGCUCGGCCCUGGACUUGAUGAAGGCCGGUAGCUUCGAGGAGAUGCACAUUGCCGUGAUAUUACGCGAGGUGCUCAAAGGGCUGGAUUAUCUGCACAGCGAGCGUAAGCUCCAUCGCGAUAUUAAAGCGGCGAAUGUUUUGCUGAGCGAAAUGGGCGAUGUCAAGUUGGCCGACUUCGGUGUAGCCGGUCAGUUGACGAACACCACCAGUAAACGAAAUACCUUCGUCGGUACGCCGUUCUGGAUGGCACCCGAAGUCAUCAAACAGUCUGCUUAUGAUUCCAAGGCUGACAUUUGGUCCUUGGGCAUCACGGCGAUCGAGCUGGCGAAAGGAGAGCCACCCAAUAGCGAGCUGCAUCCCAUGAGGGUCCUCUUUCUAAUACCCAAGAACAAUCCGCCGCAACUGACCGGGAAUUACACGAAACAAUUCAAGGAGUUCGUCGAAGCCUGCCUCAACAAGGAUCCCGAAAACAGGCCGACGGCGAAGGAACUGCUCAAGUUCCAGUUUAUCAGGAAGGCGAAAAAGAACUCGUACCUGAUCGACCUGAUCGACAGGUACAAAAAGUGGAAGUCGCAGCGCAGCGAGGAGUCGGAGACCGAGAGCGAGAAUUCGGACUCGGAGGAAUCCAAGCAAGACAGCGACAUGGACGAGCCAUGGAUAAUGACGGUGAAAGGCCCGCAUGGGGUCAAAGGAUCCGUGGUGCCCAUGCUGCCACUGGACGAGCAGCCCGCAUCCCUGACCCUAACACACACGAACCACAGGUCCUCCAAUCACAGCCAACCGAGUAAACCGCACGCGAACGGCGCCUCGCGAUCGCCGCCGAAGGACUCCACGCUUAAUCAUUACAGAAGCGAGUCCAGGGAUUCGUUGCGCGAUGGUCAAGCGAAACACACGCCCUCCCGACCGCACGAAGCCGCACCUCCACCACCGGUGGACACGAGAGAGAAACGAGAUGAGCGAGACUAUCGUGACUCCAGCCGAGAAUCUACGCUCAGGGAGUCUGAAAAAGAAAUGCGCGAUAUGAUCCGCGAGAGGGACAGAGAAGUCGUCAGGGAACGAGAACGGGACAGGGAAAGCAGAGAUCGGGAUAGAACCAGCAGGGACUUCAACUCCCGGGAGAAGAGAAGAAACAGCAAACCGGACGUGCCCAUCACUCCGAUGGCUGAUCACAGACCUGGCGAAGAUAAACAGAGGCCCAGAAGUUCGCAGGAGCUCAAACAUCCGCGAAGCGUCGCUUUGUCCGGAGUUGUUUUUCCUCUCCUUUCCGAGCUCCAACGAAAGCACCAAUAUUCGGCGAGAGACAAUAAUGGCGAAGGCGGUAGCGGUGGCAAGAAUGGCGGUGCUGUAGAAGAACUGCGAAAUGCCUUCGAGUCGGCGGAACGCACGUCGCCGGGAAUGACAGAAUCCCUUAUUCGCGAACUGAUUAAAUCCCUACUCCCACCCAAUCAUUCAGAAGGGCGCCUAUCUAUGCUAAUGGAGAAGGUUAUUUUAAGGGAUACGUAGGGACGCGAGAGGACAAAGGUCCGCAAGAGACUGUGGUCCCAGAAUAUCCUGACGUUGUAAAACCAUACGCGUUAUUUCUCUCGUCAUUAUCAAUUCACUAAACACUAAACAAAAUACGAGCCGAGCAUAUCGUCAAUGAGUGGCGAUUCCGAACGUGAACGUGAAGGUGCGAGGGAAAUGUGUUCGUUGCCCCAUCAUCCCAUUCCUUCCCCGCUCUUCCCCUCCCGCGCUAAUCUAUAAAGGCCGCACUACAACGAAGUCUAUCGAAGUUUUACAAAGUAGUCUACUGAACCGCCCCAUUUUCACCUGCCUACCUCGCCGUAGGAUAAAAAUACGUAGACAACGGCAGAUACUACGCGAAACGUUGUGCCAGCAUUCUUGCAGUUCCUACUCGUGUAAUUGUCAUCGAUCCUUUUCUGAACUUCUCAAUCGAAUUGUCCUACAUUUACACGCUUUUCCGUGUCGGCUCGUCGCCCGAUAGUUCAUUUCAAUCACGAAUCAAUUCAUCAUUGUGGAAUUUGUAUAUUCUUCGAUUUUUUAAAAUCUUCUAAUUUUAAAUAUUCAACUUUAUAAUUUUUGAAGGUAGAAAUCACAUUCAAAGAGGAUAUAAUAUUAUAUUUUGUUUUAUAUUAAUAAAAAACAUGAGCAUGAUUUAAUGAAGACCGACUCAUUACUAAAAGUAUGUUAUUUUUAAAAUCUGCUAGAUGAACUGUCGGUCAAUUUCCUUUUUACUACCUUAGAUAUUAAAUCGUCUUUUAUUGCUAAUAGAUUACGGAGACAUUGUAAAGAGGAGUAUUCAAAGUAUAUCGGAGCAUUCGGUUUAAUAGUAAGUCUUAUCUUGAAAAAAAAAGAUGACGCUUUAGUGAUCUUAUGGCAAUCAGUUACGAGUAGAGAAAGGCGGAAAAUAUAUGGACGGCAGUGCGUUUGCGAAAAGGCUGAAUCGAAACCUCCAUUAUGUGAUAGCCUAAUAAAUAUCUUAAACCUUCUUCAUGUUCGGCGUGAACAUCGAUCGAUACGACAACAAAAUAAAAUUGUACAGACUCGGCAAAACGGAUAGAUGAAAAGCAUUCGAUGACUUGGUCUUGCCUCAAUAUAGAUAUGUCCGUAGCAUGCACUAGCGAGAUAUCUCGAGCAAAACACGAUCUGUAUAAGGAAAAACUUGUAAUUCUUUAAAAACGGUACUUUUAUUGAUAUUUUUACAGAGAGGAUAUGUAUUUAAUAGUGCGUUCUGAAGAAAGGUCUCGUAGUGGUCAAGCAACAAAAAAUAAAAAGAAGAUGUGUUCUUUGAGUAGAUUUCUUCCCGUGGCUUCCUAGUGCAUGUUUCGAACACGAAAGAAGAAAGCUCUAGCGCGCGAUGCUAGAGGAAUUGUAAAUAUGUAUGUAGCGCGAUAAGAUAGUCUUAUUGUUCUGAUCGACGUCUUUGCCAAACCGGUCGCACAGCUCCGUUAAACGAUCUUGUUACGAAGAGAAAAAGAAUUCCUUUCCCUUCCCAUGGUCACAUCGUUCGUCAUUGAAAAAGAUGAUAGACGUAGGCUAUAGGCAAUAUUGCCGUUGCAAAUUUAUCGAGGGCUUUUAUCGUUUUGUGUAGUUUUCGCUUGUUGCGUAAAAAUUGCAGAUAAGCCGUUACAGUGUUUCAGAAACCGUACGCGACGUAUAUAAUAGCGUUUAAAAAUAUAUAUAAUUAAUUUCUAGUUGUGUGUAAAACCCACUUGAAAAUCGUCGAGAAACAAUGCUAUUUUAGAACUCUUAUCAUCUCCAGUAUACGUACAUCUAUGAAAGACGCUUCGAUCUUUCCACAUCGCGCUUUAAAAUAUCGCAUUACGUCAUUAACUUAGAGUAACAAUAGAGUCGUUCCACGUUAACGUGUCGUUAAACUGUCUGUACAGCAUUACCGAAUUGUGAAACGCAAUUCGAUAGUUCAAACGAGAAAGAGAGACGUCGGGAUAAAAGCGCCUUUUAUAAAAGUUUCAAUUCUUCGAGAAUACAAUAGUUGACGUGGAACAACUCGACAAUCGAUUUAGACGGAAUUUACCACACGAUAAGGUACGAGAAGAGUUUCUUGAACUUUGAACGCGUGGUACGUUCGAACAGCGAUGACCGGAUACAUAUAUAUAUAAUACAUAUAUAUGUAUACAUAUAAAUUAAUAUAUAUAAUGUUAAAUUAUAUAUAUACAUAUAUAUUGCGUGGAAUUUGAGUACUGCCGUUCUUCCAGACUUAACUUGCGUUGUACACACGAGUAUUUCUCGAAUUCACCGCACUUGAUUUUCACGAUCGAGUCUGAGCUGCGAUGACUCUCGCGCAGGGCGUCGACACUUAAUCCAACGUUGUUUGUAAACUAAUGUAUUUUAUAAAAUAUAUAUAUAUAGAGAGAGAAAAAGAAAUUCCACACAUACAACACACAAUACACACACACCACACACACAUGCGUAAAAAAUAGAGAGUUAUAUUAGAGGAUAUCGUCUAUGGGAUGGUCGGAGAAAUCUCGCUCUUCCGACGGAAUACAAGGACCAUCCUGCAAACAGUGAUUUAAAGGAAGAUACAAAAGGGUGAUAGAGCAAGAGUGAGAAAGAAGAGGGGCGAAUUUGUAAACGAGGAUACGUCAAUUAACGGCAGAAAGCGAAAAGUAAAAUGGUAAAGAGACUUAAUUACGUUACCCAGCUAUGAUUAUUGUAUUAAUCUACGAUUUGGUUGUUUUUCUUUUCCUUUUUUAAAUUUAGUUUGUUCUUUAUUUAGAUAACUAUGUUUACCGAAAAACGAAAAAGUGGAUAUUAUAAAAAUAUUUGCUCUAUACCACCGCCUUUUCCUUUUUCUCCGUUUUGUUUCUCUAUCGCCCGUCUAGAUGGGGAAUAAGUCAGACUACACGAUAUGUAUCGAUUUUAUUUUUAGUUGAGUUACGUUUAUUAUUCAUUUACAUUGUAUUGUUAAUGGUCAUUUUAUGUCAACUGAUCAAACGAUUUUUUUCGGUCUUAAGCUAUGAAAAAGAUUUAGCGGCAAUCGAAAAAAACCGCUUGACAAAGCUCGACAUGAUUUGAUUCUCAUGAACCAUUGUUGUUUCCCUCGCGUUUCGAAUUAAGUUUUCUGGUCUUUACGACGAUCGCUACCGUGAGUAGACCUCAUAACGCUGCCAUAAAUGCUUACCGGUUACAUCUACUCGCGUACGAAGGUGUAUCCGUGCGAAAGAGUUCGAAAGAGGAGACUUAGCUAAGUAGGCUGUGUAAGCAGUAUGCUUGUUAAAAAGAAUUAUUAGGUCAUCCGCGGAGUAGCGAUCGAUUUUACGUCCAACAAUCAUUCGUUUUACGGAGAACGUCUGUUCCCCCUGAUGGCCGUCUUCAGUCACAACGGCCACUGUUGUAUAUGCUGACCAUAUGUACGAAACUAUCGUCUAAGUCUAAGAGUAUUAAUCCGCCAGCGACAAGAUUGGACGAAAACCGCAUCUCCGCAACGCGCAAGGCGCUUAACAUUUAUAUAUUUCAAUAUAUUUCUUCUCAUAUUUAAAUAAAUUUAUUCAAUUUUCUACUUCUGCCGGAAUGUCCAACGUUACCACUGGCGGAUAUUUUUCAUUUCACCACUCCCAGCAUUAAGCGUAUCUACAAACGGGAUUCAAAAUCUUGUAAUUUAUUUUAUCGGGAUGAAAUCAAGUUUGUUUUAAUUUCUUUUUAUUUUUUCGUUCGGCCGAAGAAGUUUCAACGCGUGUCAGUCGAAUGGACUUGUGCUCGGAGUGCGACAAGGUAUAAUACGGAGAAUUGGGAUGCGAUCAGAUCGUUUUUGAGAACGUUCGCGGGGAGAGAUUCCCGAAAGUUCACGAUCGAAUGUUUUUACGCUGCCGGCUAAGAAAUGCCUGAUCUUUCGACGAAUACCGUUUCGCGCGUACUAAACGCUGAACUGUUCUGUUUCUCUGCGUAUGUAGAUUACGAACGGAUAUGUAACGGCGCCGAACUGUGAUUGUCGAUUCUUCGAAAGCUCGUUCCUUCCCCUUUAGUUUAUAUGGUUGCUCGAGAGCGUGAGUUUUUAUUCAGUCGAGAUAGGUGAUCAGAGAGACAGGAUCGGCAAGCGCGCGAGAUCGUUUUGCUCACGAUCCGCGAACCACACCACAUUCAAACCGAAUUACGAGUCCUACCGUAAAAGAGUCCCCCAUAGCACUCUUCUUUGUAUUAUACUCUUAGCUGCUACCCAUCUAUAUAUAUUCAGCGUUAAAAAACACAUCGUGGUAACAAUAACGUCUCUCGGCGCGCGCGUAGAGAGUAUACAUAUAUAUAAAUAUAUAUAUUAUAUAUAUAUAUAUAAAAUAUAUAAAUAUAUAUA